AAUGGUUCGCCAUGCCCCCGUCACCUGGGAAAGUAAAUUCUUUGAUUUCUCUGAAGGCAGUCCAGCUGACAUGCUCCAGUUUAGAGCAAACAAAGGAAAGGGGGAGCCGCUGACAGAUCAGUCCUUGGAUCUUAUUUUUCCACAGCGACGAUGCACGUGUGGGCUACCAAUUGCAACUUCGGGGAGACUGUUUUUAGAUCUCCUUGAAUCACAGAAGAGAUUAGGACGCCAAUUUGACUUCCAGCCGUGAAAUUUAAGCGUGCAGCACACCGGGCGGCCAUUUCUUCCCUUGUGCAGCUCUAGGCAGACUUAAAAAAUAUGUCUAUCACAGGACUAAAGAAGAAGCAGCCCAAAAUGUUUAAAGUGAAAGUUUCAACAAUGGAAGCUGAAAUGGAGUUCAGCUGCGAGAUGAAGUGGAAAGGAAAAGACCUGUUUGACCAGGUGUGUCGUGCGUUGGGGCUGCGGGAAUCAUGGUUCUUUGGCCUCUGGUACUCUGUCAAAGGAAUGGGCACUUGGUUGAAGAUGGAUAAAAAGGUUUUAGAUCAGGAUAUUCCCAAAGAAGCUCCAGUGAACUUCUGUUUUUUAGUGAAGUUUUACCCCGAGAAAGUUGAAGAGGAGCUUCUGCAGGAGAUCACCCAACACCUCUUCUUUCUGCAGGUUAAGAAACAAAUACUGGAUGAAGAAAUCUACUGUUCUCCCGAGGCUACAGUUUUAUUGGCUUCUUAUGCAGUUCAGGCCAAGUAUGGUGACUACGAUCCAAAUCUGCACAAACCAGGUUUCCUAGUCCCAGAAGAGCUCUUGCCAAAAAGAGUCCUCCAUCAAUAUCAGAUGACACCAGACAUGUGGGAAGAAAGGAUUACUGCCUGUUACGCUGGACACCAGGGAAUGGCCAGAUAUGAAGCUGAGAUGAACUAUCUUAAAAUAGCACAAGACUUGGAGAUGUAUGGGGUUAAUUAUUUUCCAAUUGCUCAAAAGAAGAAUCAUACAGACUUCCUGCUUGGGGUAGAUGCCAAAGGGAUUCAUGUCUAUAGCAUCAAUAACCGCUUCUCUCCAAAUAAGUCUUUUGAGUGGAGCAGCAUCCGAAACAUUACUUAUUCUGAGAAAGAGCUUACAAUUAAGCCUGCUGACAAGAAAGCUGAGGUUUUCAAGUUCUUUUCCUCACAACCUAAAGUCCAUAAACUGAUCAUGCAGUUCUUCAUUGGAAACCAUGACUUGUUCAUGAGAAGGCGGCGAGUGGAUCCUAUUGAGAUCCAGCAGAUGAAAGCUCAAGCCAGGGAGGAGAAAGCAAGAAAGAAGAUGGAGCAUCAGAGGCUGGCCAGGGAGAAGCAGCUGCGGGAGGAAGCCGAGCGAGCCAAAGAGGAACUGGAGCGGCGUCUCUUUGAAGUGGAAGAUGAAGCUCGGCAAGCUAAUGAGGCUCUGCGCCGUUCGGAGGCAGCAGCAGAGCUGUUGGCUGAGAAAGCCCAGAUUGCUGAGGAGGAGGCCAAACUGUUGGCUCAGAAUGCUGCUGAAGCAGAGCAGGAGCGCCAUCGAUUAGAGCUGGCAGCCUUGAAGACCAAGGAGGAGAAGCGGCUGAUGGAGCACAAGAUAAGGGAGGCUGAGCUGAUUGCCAUGAAGCUGGUGAAGGAAUCGGACCGAAGGGUCAAAGAAGCUGAGCAUUUGAAACAGGACCUACAGGAAGCCAGAGCAGCUGAAGAGAAAGCAAAGCAAAAGCUUCAAGAUGUCAGCAAGUUUAACUCUCCUCCUCAUACUGUCAAGUGUACUCUGUCUCCGUCUGCUGACGCCAGGGAUACUAGCAGUGACAAAGGAUUUGUAAAGAUGGAUUUAAGAGACAUUGACUUGAAGAGGCUCUCCUUGGAGAUAGAGAGAGAGAGAUUGGACUACCUAGAUAAGAGUAGAAAGUUUGAAGAUCGGCUAAAAGAACUCAAGACUGAAAUCCAUGCUCUCAAACUUGAAGAGAAACACGCUGGGUUUCUUUCUCAUUGGAACAUAAUCCUUGACUCUUUGGACCAUUCGUCAGAGAAGACAUACAAGGCUCCUGUUUGGAUGAAAACCCUUGAAGCAGACCUGCUUGAUAAUCUGCAGCAGUCCUUUUCACCAUGUCUGCUAAAUGUGAUUGAGAAUACCAUGCCCACUGCAGCAACAGAAAACUCUUUUCCAACCCAUCCCCUGGUUGUCAGUAACAUGGGAACAGGACACCGAAAGCACAUUAAGGUUCAACAACACAAAACAGAUGUGAUCUAUAUUUGAAGUACUUUAAAGGGAAUGAGCAGGGCUCUCAAGUUAUCCAUCUGAAGAUUUCUAAAGACUACCUUCAGAUUCUGGAAAAAGUGCAGCUGCUGCUUGAAGCACAAGGAUAGAAAUACUCCUUUUUAAUUCCUAGGAAAUGGUGCUCAUAUUCUGAUAUAGAAACAGGUAAUACUAGCUGACCAGGAGUCUAGGUUUGCAAAUCCAAUACACCUUACUAUUUAACCUAUCAUCCUGAAAGUAACUCAGCAUUUCAAUUACGUUAACUGAGGAUUUGCCAUACCAAUGUAUGCGCGUAAGAAGAAUCUUAAGAAAUUCUAACAGAUCUAUUAUGUUAUGUUCCCAAAGCCAGCAAUUCUGUUAAGUUACUUGGGAGUAAAGAUUGAGUUGCAUAUUCAUUUAAGAACUAUGAACAAGUUGUGGUUAAAUUUCAUUAAAAGCAAUGGGAUUAUAUCACAACUAGAUUGUACAUUUAGAAUUUUUCAUAAAAGUGGAAAUGUAAGUUUAUGAUCAUAAAUAUUUUUAUUUUUGUAAAGUAGUCUGCAACUGUUAUUUUCAUUUUUUUAAAAAAAUAAGUGACCUGGAUUAAAGGACAAAGUUCAAAAUGCCCAAAUGUGUUUAUUAAAACAGAAUCAAUGGGCAAGCCAAAACUGGUUGUGUAUGUUUCACAAAGCUCUUUUGCAGAAAAUAGAGCCUAAUCCUAUUCUCAUAUGCUCAAAACUAAACAUGUUCUUCUGGUGUAUACAGAACUGCAGCCAGUUUUAAUUAAUACAAUAGAAGUUCCCUCUGAGAAAACAAAUUUAGGAUUGUGCUGUUAUUUAACUUGUAUCUCAUCCUAUGAUGAAUGAGGGGUUU